AUGAAAUAAGUAUUCCAUCAGCUGGCCAAACAACAUAACAUUACCAACAACAAGAGCUUUACUUUACCAACCAAAUAGUCCCUUGAGCAAUCCUAUUAAGAUGUGAAGUUCCAAUUUGUUAUGUAAUUCUCAAAAGCCACAACUCAGGAAUAACUUGAGUAGAUUGUGAAUAUUCUAUUCAAUCAUGGAUUUCAAUCUUAUAAGACCAGGAAUCUAUAGAAUGAUAAGAUUCUCCUAUUCAUUUGUAUUUGGGAUCCUAAGAUCAUUUUGGAAUAGGCGGAGCAGAUGCAACUCUAUAAAGUAAAUACAAAAACAUUAAAUAGUUAGUUAUUGACCGUUCACAUACUUAAAUGCACGAAGUAUAUAGAAAGAUAGCUGAGAAGAUAAAUGUAAAGAAAAUAUUGGAUGAGAGAUUAGUUAUCGCUUUAAAUUAAAUUGAUAAGAGAAUAGUGGAGUUAGAAAAUUAUUAAAAAUUUAAAUACCACUUAAAAAAUGACUUCUGUUUACAUAAUGAAGACUCAGAAGUCAUUAAAAUAUUCAGUCCUUCUGAGACUCUACUUAUAAUAUACAAUUAUUUACAUACUAUUAAAAUUGGAGAUUUGGACAUGAUUCAUUUUCUAAAAACGGAAGAAUAUUUAUUAUAAGUUACUCCGAUUCAUGAUGAAAUCGUCUCACUCAACACAGUAUCAGAUAUAGAGAGAUACUUUGGAGGCAACUUAGCUGUCUAUUUCGAGUUCAUGAACUUCUAUUAAUCUAUGCUUAAGUAUUUGGCUGUUGCUGCAAUCAUCACAUUAAUUGUAGAUCAUCAAAGUAGUCUCUUUAAAAUCACCAAUGUGGCCAGUUUCUAUGCAGUACUCACUAUGGUCUGGUCAACAUUCUUUAUCAUUGCUUGGCGUAGAAAAGAGAAUGAGUUAAGUAUUGAAUGGGGAGUGUUCGGUUAAUAACACAUAAAAAGAUUAGAUCUGAAUCCUGAAUAUAAAGGCACACCCAAGAUGAAUUAUAUCACUGGAAUGGUUAAGAAUGGCUAUCCAACAAGUAGCAGGAUAUUCUACUAUAUGGUAUCCUUAUUCGAAGCCAUCCCAAUUCUCAUUAUUGCUGGUUUAAUUAAAAUUGUUGUAUUCAACAUCAAUGGACUAAUCAGGAAUGAAAGCAGUAUCUUUUACAUCAAGGUUGCAGCUAAGCUGAAUCAAGAGGGAGGUCUAUUAUAUUAUAAAUACACUACUAAUAUUUUAGACAUUUUAACCAUCUUAUUGAUAUUCUACAUCAACACUCUGUAUACAAAGGUUUGCAUUAAUUCAACCAAACGAGAAAAUCAUAGAACUAAUUUGAGGUUUUAUAAUUCUUUAAUUCUUAAACGUUUCUUAUUUGAAUUAAUCAAUAGAUUCUUUCAUUUAUUCUAUAUUGCAUUCAUUGAAUUUGAUAUACCAACUCUAAGGAGUCUCUUGAUUAAGUUGUUUGUAAUGGAUCAAAUAAGAAGAGUUCUAUUGGAAUCUCUAUUGCCAAUGUUAAUGAAGUAACAGUAUGAAAAACAAAAGGAAUAGUACUGCUUGAACUUAUAAAAGAAGGAAGACAUAAAUGAAAAAAUUGUUGAUAGAAUUGUAUAUCUUAAUAUAUCAACUACUAUAGGCAGAACUUGAACUGUGGGAAUAUGAUGAUUUCGACGAUUAUAUUGAAGUCAUAUUUCAAUAUGGAUACAUAGUAUUGUUUGCAGCUAUUUUUCCUCUGGCUGCUGCUCUCACAUAUAUUUUCAAUUUUAUUGAGAUCUGGAGUGAUAAAUUCAAAUUAGCGUAAACAUUCAUAUUAUAUUAAGAAAUAAAUUAUACCAACGAAACCUACCAAAAAAGGCAUAUAGCAUUGGUGAAUGGAGAAUUGUGUUGAUGACUCUAUCAGUCUUAUCAAUAUACACUAACACUGCCUUUAUAGCCUUAGCUUAUUUCAAUGUAUUUGAUACUUGCUAGAAAACAGGAUGUGAUUGGGAAAACAUUCUUAUUCUAUUAUUUAUCAUUGAACAUUUCUCAUUAGGUUUGAAGUAUAUUGUAUCAAAAACAAUCAAUUGUAAACCUAAAUGGGUUAGGAUUGUGUUGAGAAGAAUGAGAAGGAAAAGAAGAAAUUUUAAUUAUUGA